AUGAGUUGGAAAGACCGCUUAACAAAACUUUCUUGGUUUGGUUUUGGUUUCUGUGUGAUUUUCCCACAAUAUGUGCUACUGUCUAUUGGUACUGAAGAUAUCUUAGCUGGAUCCUUGCUAUCUACAGCCAUUGUUUUGAUAGCUUUUACCGUUCCUGACAUACUUAGCAAAGCUGUUCUCAGCCCAUGGAUUGUGGAGCGAAUCUCAUUCCUGCCAGCAUUCAUUCUCCAUUCAACUCUGUUUUUUGCUGUUCAAUUGACUUUUGUGUUUGUCAAUAUGGUUAACGUGAGACUGGCUGGGAUGUGUGUACUUGGAUUUGCCAAUGGUUUAGGAACGAUUACUGCGGCGAAGUUAUUGGGUUUUUACAGUGAAUCCGCUGGGCUGUAUCAAAGUGGAGUCAAUUUUUCGACAGUUGCAUCUUCUAUCACAUAUACUGGUUUGACAACGUGGGUAUGCGUUUCACCUCGUAUUGCCAUUGCCAUUUUGAGCCCAUUUUGUCUGUUUCCACUCUUGAUUUAUGCGUUUCUUGAUAAGGAACCACUAAAAACCUGCAAGAACUCUACAAAGGACAUCGCGUAUCAACGUUUGGACGACAAAGACAACGAUUCACAGUCAGACGCUUUGCAUGGAAUUACAGAUUCUAAGGCGGAGGGCAUUGGGACAAAACUCAAGCUUUUGWUCAAUGAGUUUCUCGUCAUUUUUUACCGGGGCUUGGUGAAUUUCUUGGGAAACAUAUCCCUCGUUGCCAUUCUUUCUACUGUGACAUUUAAAUCCUCUCCCUUCCCUCCUCGGGAUCACUAUCAGUAUUACCGAUUCCUGAAUGAUCUUGGUAUAAUGCUCGGAGGGAUUGAAUUAUCUCUCGUGUCCUUAUUUUGCCCUCGUUUCCUGGACACCAUUAAGAUUCGUCGUAUCUGGAUCUUGAUUCUGUUGGAUGUUGGUCACGUGAUGGUGUUUCUGUCAGUUUCCUGGUUUCACUACACAGACAACGUCUACAUCAUUUUCAUCUUGUGUUUCACUCAUGGUGUAAUUACAGGCUGCGCUUGCGUCCACUGCAUUUCUUUAGCUGUCGACCUCUUCUCAGAUUCCAGGAAGCGUGGGAAAGUUCUCGGGUAUAUGGAAGUGAGUGUAUCAGUCGCCAGAUUAUCAGCAGGGCUGUUGGGUAUAUUCGUGGAGAAAGUGCUAAGAGAUCACUGCGAACAUCGAUUGUUGUUGGGUCGAUUCUGUUUAGCGAGACUUUCUUCGCCUGGAAUGUGGAGUACGUCAAACUGUACCAAUUAUUGAUCAGCAGACAAAGUCCAAUCCUCMAAUGCGUAUUCAAGAUUUUAAGCUCAUUUCUAGACUUCCAUGUGCUGUCAUUAAUAGAGUGAUCGCACUUAAACCGUCAGGUCGACUUUUAAUACAAAUUAAUACUUCUUAGAUUCUGUACAGUUGCACGGAUUAAGUACGCUCACUCAAUAUUGAUCUCACUUAAACCGUGAAACUGUACAACUCUAAGUAGUACAAAUUUGUUCUAAAAGUGAACAUGAAGCAAGACUGUAUUAAAUGCUUCAAUUGUAUCAAUUCAAUUUGUACAGUUGCACGGAUUAAGUGCGUUCACUCUAUCAGUUUAUAAGAAU